UUACAUGUCAUAUGCCGGUCUCGGUCUCGUGCCGUAUUGCACGUGUGGACACAGCUCUCUCAAGCGCACCUCACCAAAGACGGCAGGCUGCAACGCGCGCAGUAAAAACAGGCUGAUGUAGGGCACCAUAAUAGCUAUAAUCACGGCUGUCGCGGCUAACAAUGCUGCCAGCCUGAAUGUGAGAACUCCGGGCUCAUCGUCCCCUCGCAAAAUCGGCAGGUUGUGGAGACGCACCGAAACCUACAGAUAUAUGCACCACACACAGGGUGAAAGGCAAUACGGCUGCAUAUAUAUGUCUACAGGCCGCCGUCGCUGGCUCCACUGGCUCCACCACUGACCAUAAAGAGGACGACUUCGCACGCCAUCUCGACAGCGACCAGGAGACACAGUCUGCCCAGCCUCUCAAACAGCCGGGGCAACGACGGAGACAGCAGCUGCUCCAUCGAGACAAGUGAUAGAUUGAUGAAAAUCAGGAUCAGGCUCUCGGCCUGGUUGUAGGCGUGCUGCUGGUCGCUCAAAGCUCUAAGAUACCUCGGGCGGACGUCAUACGCCAUGAAAUUGCUCUGCAGAUGGAUCACGGAUGUCAUGGACGACAGUCCGCUCGAGCUCGACCGCAUGCGCCGUCCCGCUCGCACCACACUCUGAUAGAUCUCACUCGACGACCGCCCCGUCUCCCCACUGCCGGCUCGGUUGAUGAAUAACGCUGCUUCUUUCUUGCUCGCUGCCCGUGUGCUGAUUGUCUCACUGCUGCCUGAAGCCUCAGAAAGGCCAUGGCGGACAGCAGUGUCUCUCGGUUUGCUGCGCCUAUCAUCGCUCGGCUUGGCCAAGAGGCCGUCGCGGGUGCGCUUGAGCGCUCGGAUGACGUUGGCAUGGAGCAUGUCGGCGUAGGGCACCGCCAGGUCACCCAGGAGGUCGUAGAUGGCGAACAUCAGAGACGACUUGAUCUUGUAGCUGAGGGCAGCCAUUUCAGCCUGGAUAAAGAACAUGCGUACCUACCGACAUUCUUGCGCUGAGGGAUCCUUAUACUGACUUGCAAGAGGCGAGGUACGAUAAGCGAUCCAGCAACCAUGGGAAAGAUGACGCAGUAGUUGAAUAGAGGAGGGCCAUCCCGCAU